AUGUCCAAUAUGCACACCCAUCUACAGCACCUGGUCGUGAAAUGUUUCAAUAAUACGGGAGGUAUGAACAUACAACCGGCCAAACUGGAAGUUGAUGGUGAACUCAUUUUCCUGAAACGACGUAUAAUUCCCUACAGCCAACACGAAGGUGUACUGCAGGCUCUUGAGAAAAUGGAGCGCAAUGGCAUAAUCAAACGAGUCACAUCCAGUACUUGGGCAACGCAAAUUGUGAUCGCAAUCAAGAGUGACAGUGAAACACCGCGAAUUUUUGGCGAUUACCGCUUGAAACUCAACCCGCGGUUGCGAAAGUGUGCGGCUACCACCAUGGAACCGGAGAAUUUCAUGAAAACAUUGCACGGUAGCACAUGCCUCUCGAAAAUUGACUUAUAA